AUGGAAAAGGUGAUGCUGGCAGUUGCCUUUGCAGAUUACAACCCCAGCACCAUGAACGUGUCCUUUGCUCACCUCCACUUUGCCGGAGGGUACCUGCCCUCUGAUUCCAAGGACUGGAGGAUCAUAGUCCCGGCUCUCUUGGUGGCUGUCUGUCUGGUGGGCUUCGUGGGGAACCUGUGUGUGAUUAGCAUCCUCCUUCACAGUGCUUGGAAAGGGAAGCCAUCCAUGAUCCAUUCCCUGAUUCUGAAUCUCAGCCUGACUGAUCUCUCCCUUCUGCUCUUUUCUGCACCUGUCCGGGCUGCAGCAUAUUCCAAAGGUAUUUGGGAUCUAGGCUGGUUUGUCUGCAAGUCCUCUGACUGGUUCAUCCACAUGUGCAUGGCAGCCAAGAGCCUGACGAUCGCUGCAGUGGCCAAAGUAUGUUUCAUGUAUGCAAGCAAUCCAGCCAAGCAAGUAAGUAUCCACAACUGCACCAUCUGGUCAGUGCUGGCAGCCAUCUGGGCCCUGGCUAGCCUGUUACCCCUGCCAGAAUGGUUCUUUAGCACCACCAGGAAUCACGCAGGUGUGGAAAUGUGCAUUACAGAUGUACCAGCUGUGGCCGAAAAGUUCAUGUCUGUGUUUGGGAAGCUCUAUCCUCUCCUAGUAUUUUGCCUUCCAUUAUUCUUUGCCAGCUUUUAUUUCUGGAGAGCUUAUGAACAAUGUCAAAAACGAGGAACUAAGACUCAAAAUUUAAGAAACCAGAUUCGUUCAAAGCAACUCACAGUAAUGUUGCUGAGCAUCACCAUCACCUCCACUCUUCUGUGGCUCCCUGAAUGGAUAGCUUGGCUCUGGGUACGGCAUCUGAAGGCUGGACGCCCGACCCCACCGCAAGGUUUCAUAGCCUUGUCCCAGGUCCUAAUGUUUUCCAUCUCUUCAGCAAACCCAUUCAUUUUCCUACUGAUGUCAGAAGAGUUCAAAGAAGGCUUGAAAGGUGUAUGGAAAUGGAUGAUAAAAAAACUUUCAACUGCCUCAGAGUCUCAGGAAACCCCAGCUGCUAACUCAGAGGUCCUUCCUGACAAUGUUCCAUCUCCCAAGUCUUCUACAUUCAUACCAGAGAAAGAGAAAUCGGGCUCUCCUUCUUCCAGCAAAGAGAAGACUGAGAAGGCAGAGAUUCCCAUUCUCCCUGAUGUAGAGCAGUUUUGGCAUGAGAGGGACACAGUCCCUUCUGUACAAGACAAUGACCCUAUCCCCUGGGAACAUGAAGAUCAAGAAACAGGUGGUUGUGAAAAAUAG